GAGUCUCCCUUGGACAAUGCCAAUUUCCUGUCUUUCGAGGAGUGGAAGAAGCAGAACCUGGCCAAAAUGGGCCAAUCGCCCGAGGACCUACAGCGAGCCCAGCAAAUCAAUGCCAAUAGACAGAGACCAGGGGAUCCAUCUGUCACCGACUCCGUUCCCGCAUCUGCCGCCGGCCAACAACUCGCCGCCUCACCGACCCUCCGCUCUAAAGACGCCGGCAAGACCUGCAAAGAGCGAACAAACUACGCCUCUUUCGAUUGCGCCGCCACAAUCUUGAAGUCCAACAAGGAGUGCAAGUCUGCAUCCUCAGUCCUCGUCGAGAACAAAGACAGCUACAUGCUCAACAUCUGCUCAGCGGACAACAAAUUCUUCAUAGUGGAAUUGUGCGACGACAUCCAGAUCGACACGGUGGUGCUGGCCAACUAUGAGUUCUUCAGCUCCAGCUUUCGGCAUUUCAAGGUCUCCGUGUCAGAUCGAUAUCCUGUCAAACUGGAGAAGUGGAGGGAUCUGGGCACAUUUGAGGCGCGGAACACUCGUGAGAUUCAGGCAUUCUUGGUGCAGAACCCACUGAUCUGGGCAAGGUACUUGCGGAUUGAGUUUUUGACGCACUAUGGGACGGAGUACUACUGCCCUGUGAGCGUGUUAAGGGUGCAUGGCACGACGAUGUGGGAAGAUUACAGGCAUCAAGAAGAAUUGGCCAGAGGAGAGGAGGAUGAACUCGUUCUUGAGGCUGAGGUUGAGGCCGUGCCGCCGGUUGCGCAGGAACCGUUGGCAUCGACGGUGGAAGAUCCAAAAUCGACUGUGCACACGACUCCUCCCAGCGUCACCAAAGGCCCUCCAACCACCCAAAAUAACACAUCUUCAAUGAACACCACCCGCCCAGCUGCCGCCGCAACAUCCACGACCGCCCCUGCUCCCCCACAACCUUCCUCCCAAGAAUCGUUCUUCAAGUCCUUUCACAAGCGCCUUCAACAACUCGAAUCGAACUCCACCCUCUCCCUCCAAUACAUUGAAGAACAAUCACGUAUCCUCCGUGACGCUUUUACCAAAGUCGAAAAACGCCAACUCUCCACUACCACCAAAUUCCUCUCCACGCUAAACAGCACCGUCAUGGCGGAGUUGCAAAACUACCGCCUUGCCUACGAUCAACUUUGGCAAAGCACCGUCAUUGAACUGGAAGGCCAGAGGGAGUCGUAUCAAGAUGAUAUGCUCGCCCUCAGCCGCCGACUUACGAUGGUAGCCGACGAACUCGUGUGGCAGAAGAGAAUGGGCAUCGUCCAAUCCACCCUCCUUCUGCUCUGCCUCGCUCUCGUCCUCUUCGGCAGAAAC